AUGAAUGGGCAAACAAAGUAUGAAUUAUUUUUGGAAGUUCAAAAAAAAAAAAAAUUAGAUGUUAUUCACUUGGAACGUUUAGUUGAUACGCGUUGGUCAUACUGGUACAACUCUCUGAAAAAAAUUAACCUUCGUUAUACUGAAAUACGUGAAGUACUGAAUAUUCUUCAAAAUGAUGGUGAUGAAAAAUCUCGAAUGUUGUCAACAGGCCUUUUAAGAGAAAUUUCAUCUUUCAAUUUUAUUUUAAUUCUUUGUACUAUGGAAAAAAUCUUAGAAGUUAUACAUUGUACAUCUUGCCUUAAAAAUGGAAUAGAAGGGCCAUCUGAAGAACUAAGACCUCAAAGAAUAAAACAUUUCAAUAAAAAUUUGAAUGAAUAUUAUGUUACAACUACAACAAGCCAUACAAAUUCAUCAAAUAAAACUUCUAUAAAAAUUGAAGUAUUAUAUACAGUAAAUGACAGAUGUACCAUAGAAAUGAAUAACAGAUUUUCUGAGGAAACUUGUGAAAUUUUAAUGAUUUCUGAAAUUUUUUUUCCUUCUAGUGAAGAUUAUUUCAAUUCAAAAUCUACAAAACUUCAAAAUUUCAUCAACCAUUAUAAAUAUUUUCAAUUUAAUUCUAUAUCUAUAGUUUCUGAAUUUUUUACAGCUAAAUCCCUCAUUGAAAGUAAAAACAUACUAAAACCAGAUAUUUAUUUUAUACUUAAAACUCUAUCGGAACUUCCAAGCGCAUUUAAUGAAACACUAAAAAUUUUGACUAUUUUAUUAACUUUGCCUGUCACUACAGCUACCAAUGAGCGAUUUUUUUCUUCUUUAAAACGCGUUAAAUCAUUCUUAAGAAGUACAACUGGGGAUGAAAGAUUAUGUGAUUUAAUGGUAAUUAAUGUUGAAGGAGAGUAUGCAAGUCAUGUUAACUUGGAAGAAGCUGUCGAUAUGUUUGCUAAUCUUAAGAAUCGAAAAUAUCCAUUAAUAGUUUAA